AUGAUAUUUGAGAGCAAUACAGCAUUUGUCUUCCAUGACUCAUGUGGCUUUGAAGCAGGCAGAACAUCUGAGCUGGAUAAAGUCAAGGAGUUUCUGCGAAAACGUUCAACCAACAAAGAGCUCAAGGAUCAUGUGCAUGUGAUUUGGUACUGCAUCCCAAUCAAUGAUGAAGCUAGGCCAAUUACAAGGGCAGAGCUAAAUUUUUUCAAUGAGUGUGGGACUGGUAGAGUUCCUGUUAUUGUGCUGUUUACAAAAGCAGAUAUGCUUGAUGCUCAAACCAUCAAGCAGCUGGUCAAUACUGGAAUGGAUGUUGAAGAUGCUGCAAACAAAGCUCCAGAAGAGUCAGUUGCCAUGUUUGAAAAGAGGUUUGGUCAGCAACUCUACAAGAAAAAGUAUCCUCCCAAGGAUCAUGUGUAUUUUCGAGAUCAAUUGCAUUUAACAGAUAUGCAAAAUCCCACAAGUGACUGCAGUGAACUUCUGAGGAAGACAGCAGCCACCUUUUCAGAUGAUACACUCUUACAGCUGUUUCUUACAGUGCAGCAAAAUAAUGUGGCUCUGUCAAUUGAAUAUGCAAUUAAAAGAAUAACAGAGUUGACUUUCCAGGGGUGGGAUGUUGAUGGUGGUGACGGAAAUGACGAGAGGCUGCAUGCAUCAUCCAUUAAAGGUUCCCUAGGAUAUGACCGCAUGCCAGCUGGUUUCCCCUCUCCCCCACAUCUGUCUGGUUUUGGCAUCGUUCGUCAGUUCGGCCACCCAAGCAAGAACCGAGUCUCAACCAAUGUCAACCUCUACAUACAAAUUGACCAGCUGCUCCUCGAGGAUCGUCUCCUAAUCAUCAUACCAGGGCAAUAUUUCAAAGCCACCGCGAACACCCAUUUGUCGACUGCUAGCACCCUCGCUUCUCGUGGGGAUCCAUUGAAGGAGUGUACUCGUCCACAGUUUGAGCUUGGCUAUCGGGUCACCUAUUCCAAGCCUGCCACCGAGAACACCUACAAAUCGAGCCUCUUACCCCAAGGACAUCUUACAAGAGUUAAGACAGGCACUUCUAGGACGACGGUAACGAUGGUGAUUUGGUCAGUCAAGGGUGAUGGAAUGAGAAUGGAGGCUGCAAGCAUCAUCCCCCCUCUUCCGCCGAGAUAUCAGCCGUUGUUGUAUCCCAGCCAGCUGUCCCUCUCUCCCUCACAGUCGUUCGGUUCUACGGUCAAUUAA